UCGUGGUCUCAGUCGUCUCCGCAGUACACCCAGACCGCCAGCAAGUAACGUCAACAACCGUGAGCAGAUCUACAGCAGACAACAACGACAAACCCUCUCUCACUUCUGCUCACAUCACUAAUUCGGAGAAAGAAACUUUUUCUGAGAAAGAAACUUUUUCUGAGAAAGAAACUUUUUCUGAGAAUGAGGAGACAUCAGAAGAAGAGGGCUCCGCGGAGAAAGCAGAUGGUGGGGAAGACAAUCAGGAAGAGCAGCCCCUGCUCUCAAACAUCCACGCUCUCGAAAAGCUGCAAACGAAAUUUCGGAGAUUAAAUUUUUUUCCGGAGAAAAGUAGGAGUCAAAAUGGACACACAAACAAUUUGGACGGAUCGAAAAAUAUUCGACAGGGCUUGGAUUAUGUUAGAAGUUCUCGCAGGAGGCGGUUUAUCAGACGAGAAGCGGAGUUCACGCCCAACAGUGACGUCACGGAAAAGUGGGUACUUUGUCGGGAGAGGUGUUCUGUCUACAGAAACCCAUUACGUCAUAAGAUGGGAGACGAUUUUGGACACUCUCAAACCCAGUAUGGGGCGCGAGGCGAAAAUGGCAAAUUCCAACGGAAUGUUCUAGAACUUGUUGAGACGCUUAUUCGGAAUGAACAGACACAAAACGAGAAGGUGAAAAAACUGGAGCGUGACGUCACCUGUCUCAAAGAUGGCGCUUCAAAAAGUGAAGCGAUUCCGGGGGUCGAAAAAGACGUUGAUGAAGAAUCAUCGAGAAGAGGUGGUGUUGCAGACGGCAAAGACAUUCCUGAGAGCGAAAGUGAAAUAGCCAUUUACUCGGACGGUGCUGCCAUAGAAGAAGAAAAAGCAGAAGAAGUAGGAAAAAGUGAUAUUUCCGAACUCCAUACUCAAGAUGGACCUGUUAUGAAGGAAGAAAAAGGAAACCGUGGUAUUUCUGUACUCCAUACUCGAAGCCUCUUUACAGUGCAUUCUAUUUUGAGACAGCUCGAGGCCAGACUCUCUAAGGCGGAAUCCAAGUUGGACAAGCUUUCUGAGAGCUUAGAAACUCUCAGAUCGACGUCCUCUGAAAGCUCCGAUGACGCACCGGGUCAGAGGUCACAACAGCCCUGUUUUUGCCGACAAGGCCACAUAUCCCAGGGCCCCCUGUUGGCGCACAAGAGGGAAAUUUACGGCACAAUCAGCGCCGUUUCGGACAGUGUAGACAGACUCUGGAGGGAAAUUGGCGACAACUUGAAGACCGUGGUCACCGACAUGAACAACACGUUUGACCAGCAAAGUCUUAGAAUAGAUCGGUUAGAAAACGUUACGGAAAAACUUGGCGACAGUUUCACAGAUCUGCAAGACGGCAUAGAAGAAAAGCUAAAAGCGUAUACCAUCAAAUUCAACGAGUUUGAAAACUCUCCAAAUGUUUCUGAAAAUGGUGCUCGGAACAGCCCCGGAGUGAAGCCGGGCGAAUCUUACAGGACGGAAAAAUGUUGCGAGGAAACUGUCCAAAAGCUGCGAAACGAAUUGGACACACGUUUGACACUAACGAACAUUUCAUCUUUGCUCUCUCCUGUUUUGCUCAAUAACUCUGAAUGUUGCCAGCAGCAAGACGAGAAAGUGAGUAAGGGGGUACUUGAUGUCUUGAAGGAUCAGGGGAUUGAGGAACGGUUAGAAGAGUUGGAAAAUAAAUUUAGAAAAGUGGAUAAAACAGUGUCAGACUCAGGGAAGAGCAAUGUUGAGACGUUCAGUUCUAAGGACAAUGGCUCCGCGGAGAGCGCAGGAGAUGAUGACGUCAUUAAUAUAUUGUCGAGUCUUGCGUCAAGUAAAGACGGUGAUUCUGAUUCUGGAGUCAAUAGAAAAGGGACACUCUCAGAAAUUAAAAGUUCGAUAUUGAGAGAACUUUCCGAAUAUUUUGGGAAUCAUACCUGCUCAGAUUUGUCUAAGUUGAGAGAUACUGUAAUCUCAGAGUUAUCCCGGAUGAGCAACAGAGUUCAUGCCCUUGACUGUAAAGGAAGGAAUGUUUUCAGUCCCAACAAAAGCCGAGACCAAAGCGGAAAUGUCCAAGGAGUGACGUCAGAAGACGAAGGUAGCGCCGAGGGCUGCGAGAGCGUCUUCGCCAAGCUGGGCAACCUGGAAAAAACCCAGCGUGAAAGUAAGUCAAAAAUCCGGGAUGUGGAAGACAUUGUGGCCAAUCAGACAUUAGGAAGUGUUGUUCGAUCUCUUGUAUUCGAACAGCUGGGAGAAGAUGUAGAAGACUUGAAAAACUCGAAGGGAGUAGUGGAUGAUCGUUUGGAAUAUCUGACUAAUCAAAUAGGACUUAUUCGAGAAGAUAAUUCGAAUAAUCAGAAUAUGUCAAAGGCUGUUACUGAAAGACUAGAAGGUUGUGAAGAUGCCAGAAAGGAACUUCCAGUGCUCAGUACUCGUCUUGAGCGAAUCGAAGGACAGUUUAAUCGAAUUGAGAAUGAGACUAGAGGAUUCGAUGAUGAAAUUGGUUUCAUGAACGAGAGACUUUUGAAUAUAGAAAGUCAUCAGGAGAAAGACAUUUCUGACAUCGACACCUUUUCAAACUCAAAUACUGAAAAGUACAAUAAAGAAAACGCCAAUGAGGCAAUAGUAAACAGAAAUAGCAGCAAGUGUGACUGCGAACAUAUAGUCGAAAAAUUCUUGGCCAGAUUUUCGGAAGAAGUGUGGCCAAGUCUCGAGCUGUACGUUGACAACACGAUGGGAAAUGUCAGCGGACUGUUGGCACAAGAUCGAGAACGUGAACGUGCCCUCUCUCGCAGACUGGAAGCAAUGCACGACAACGCCUCUAGCGUCUUGGACGACUUGAAAGAGUCAUUUUCUGGGCUCGACAAAAAAAUCUGGAAUCUCUCAUCUGCUCUAGACGACACGAAGAAAA